AUGUGGACCGUACCAACGCCUCUGGACUGUACCAACGCCUCUGGAUCGUACCAACGCCUCUGGACUGUACCAACGCCUCUGGACUGUACCAACGCCUCUGGAGCCUCUGGACCGUACCAACGCCUCUGGACCGUACGAACACCUCUGGAUUGUACCAACGCCUCUAGAUCGUACCAACGCCUCUGGACUGUACCAACGCCUCUGGACCGUACCAACGCCUCUGGAUCGUACCAACGUCUUUGGACCGUACCAACUCCUCUGGACCGUACCAACGCCUCUGGACCGUACCAACGCCUCUGGAGCAUGUGGACUGUACCAACGCCUCUGGACUGUACCAACGCCUCUGGAUCGUACCAACUCCUCUGGAUCGUACCAACGCCUCUGGAUCGUACCAACGCCUCUGGAUCGUACCAACGCCUCUGGACUGUACCAACGCCUCUGGACUGCACCAACGCCUCUGGAGCCUCUGGACCGUACCAACGCCUCUGGACCGUACCAACGCUUCUGGACCGUACCAACGCCUCUGGACCGUACCAACACCUCUGGACCGUACCAACACCUCUGGACCGCACCAACGCCUCUGGACCGUACCAACGCCUCUGGAGCCUCUGGACUGUACCAACGCCUCUGGACCGUACCAACGCCUCUGGAGCCUCUGGACUGUACCAACGCCUCUGGAUCGUACCAAAGCCUCUGGAUCGUCCCAACGCCUCUGGACCGUACCAACGCUUCUAG